CAAAAAGAAAACUAUGAGACAGAUAUUAUUAGAAUAACAAAUGGGAUAAAAUACAAUCAAUCAUUCUUACAAAUAUUAAUUUUAUAGAAAUAGGUUUGAAGAUAUCAUUAGUGAUUCUUUUGUCCCCCCCCCCCCCUUCCCCCCAGAUGUAUCCUAACAAAAUCUAAAAUGUACAAUAAUUAUUAUCGUUGGCACUCGUAUGUUAUAGUAUAAAUAAUGAUAAUUUUUACUGACGCGAAAUAGUUGUAUAAAACCAAAGCUGCUUUCUUAAUUAAAUUUACAUUAACCAUUUGAGCACGUGAAAAUAGUGAUUACAAAUCUGUUAUGACAAGUAUGUACAUUGUAGGAAAUUGGUUCGCAAGUGGAGUACAAUCUGUAAACACACAAAGCCUCCUUGAUUCAGUGAUUGUAACAAAUACGAGCAUCAUAAGGAGAAUUCGUAAACCACCUUACGAAGUACGCAAAACUCAUUGGCGUAAUGAUCCCGAAAUACAGAGACAUUAUUGGGCAGCAUCUCUUCUUCUACCUGUCGGAACAAUUUUUGUUCUUGCACUAAUAAUUUUUUUAAUGGUAUUGUUCAAAAGAUGUCCACAGAUGAUCGCCGCGAUUGUCGCAUCAAUUCUUGGUAUUAUUAUUAUAUUUAUGGCGCUGAUGUCAGUUAUCCAUGCCCCAAUUUACGUUUAACAUUCUCUGCCAUUGUUAUUAUAAAACAUGUGACGUAACGUUUUAUCUUUUAUACAUUUUCCUAAAAUAUUACAAAUAAAGACUGAUGUGAAAAUUGCUGUAUUAUCAGUGCAAUUACACGCACGCACGCACAUAUUGGAUAUUUUUAUAAUAUGUAUAUUUUUUACAACAGAGAAACAAAGUAUAACUUUAUCGACCAACUCUUCUAUAUGAUUUCCACUAAUAGACAAGAUGCAACGCGUUGAUACACGCUAACAAGCACUGAGCUUGCCUUGAUACAAUUGCAACGGAUUGCGAUUCUUGGCUCAAACGCAUAGCUUGCUCGUACAUGACUGAUGCAGCUACAAAAAGAAAAAUAAAUUACCUUCUAAAAUAUCUUUAAUCGUUGAUUACGUAAUAAGUUAAAGUUAGUACCUUUUCGCA